AUGACGAUGCAUGAGAGGUGGAUGAAGGUUUUCUUCGUGUCCAUAUGGGGACCCACUUUCCUUUUCGGCAAUCAAGUCUACACGUUUUGCCCGUUAGCACCGCCUCCUGUUCCUCUUGUUUUACCCGCGCCGGCACCCCUGCCUACAUAUGCUGCACCCGCUCCGGCCUACCCUGCAUAUCCUGCACCUCUGCCCCCAUGUGCCGCGCCACCUGUCCCAAUAACGUAUGCUCCCGCACCGUUGCCUGCAGUAAUUGAACCAGUAGUAGCACCAUCUUACCCAUUACCACUACCCGCACUUCCUGCUCCACCGGCGUAUGCUCUUCCACCUGCUGCUCCAGCUUAUUUCCCACCGCCUCCAGCUUUCACAGAAUGUAUUCCUCUCCCAGCUCCUGCAAUUGAAAUACUGCCCGCACCAUUACCAGCCCCCUUACCUGUUUAUGCUCCUCCUGCGCCAUUGCCUUUGCCUGCGUACCCUGCUCCAAUGCCCGCGUAUGCCCCACUGCCGGCUCCUUUACCCGCCCUUCCACCCCUAUGUCCUCCUGUGCCUGCUCCAUUGCCCUACCCUACCCCAUUGCCCGUAUUGCCUGCUCCAUACCCCGCCCCAUUACCUUUCUGUCCCCCAGCACCACCGGCAGUAGAGAUACUACCCGCUCCACUGCCGGCGCCCUGUCCUGGUUACCCAUAUGCUCCUGUCCCUGAAUACCCAGUGGCUCCUGUAACCCCCACAGCAGUUUAUUACGCAUAA